AACAUGUCAAGGCCACAGCCAUCAACAUUUUUAAUGCAGGCAAUAAAAACCUACAAAACCCUUUAAAAAAAAAUAACAUCCCACCAUCCCCCAACCAGCCGUACGGACCGUGUUGUUCGACCGAUGGGCCUCACAUCUGCAACCCAUAUGCAGCCACAGGCAAGGCACUAGAAUUGGGGCGCAUGUAGAAAUCACACACCCCGCACCUCGAUGCACCAGGACAUGGCAGAGACAACAUCCGAAACACUGCAGGAAUGGAAAGAUUUGGAGGCGGCAUCCGAUGAGGAUUUGGAAGUGUCCUCGUAUGACCUCAUGACUGAUCCUCAGUUCCCCCCAUCAAAGGACCCCUACACCCCACCAGACAGUGAGACACCCUGCCCUUCCUCCACCCUGACCACGGGGCCUGGAUCCUCCCCUUUCACACAGAAGAAGGACUUCACUGCUGCCGUUUCCUCCAAGAGGUCUCGGGCCUCUAGUUCCACAGAGUCGAGAGGCAACACACCCAUUGGUUCCCAGAGAGACCUCAGUGAUGUGGAUUCUGACCAGAUGGACUUUACUUUUGCUGCCACGGUCGCCAAGAGAUCCAGAGACACUUGUCUGUCUGAGAACCGAGCCAACCACAGCCAAAUGAGCAUGACGUCAGAUGAGGAUUUUGACGUGUUGUCAGAUGAUCAAAUGAAUUAUCCCCACUUCAUCCCAGCAGAGGAAAACUCUGAUUCAACAGACAGUGAGACACCCUGCACGCCCUCUACCCCGUCCCCAAAGUCUAAACCCGGCCCUGUCAAACAGAAGAAAAGCAUGUCUACAUUAACAAUCAAAACCUGCAGUAAGACCAAGGAUGGGAAAAGGCUCUAUGACAAAAAGCAUUUCUGUAUAUACUGCAUGAAACCCAAUUCUAAAAUAUCCAGGCACUUAGAAAGAAAGCAUGGAGAUGAGGAGGACGUAGCCCGGGCUUGUAGCUUCCCGAAAGGCUCUAAGAAAAGGUCAGCCUUACUUGAAGAGCUGAGAAACAAAGGUGACUAUCAACACAACAUCUUAGUGCUUGAAGAGGGGAAGGGAGAGAUCGUUACAUGGAGACAACCCCCAGGAAGUGCUUCCAUUGAGGACUACCUGCCCUGUUCUCACUGUCUGGCUUUUUUUGUGAAGAGCAUGUUAUGGAGGCACGAGUUGUCAUGUAGGCCGAAAAAGGAAGGAGAAAAGGGGUCAAAGGUUAUUGAAACAUCAGUCCCCAGGAAGAGGGUUCAAUCUCUAGCUUCCCAUCUGAUCCCAAUCUGUAAAAGUACUUUGCAAGAAUCCCUGAAGACUGUAGACAAAUCACAACAAGAAUCAGCAACAUUUCUGCAUUCAGACUUCAGUUUUGAUGCCACGGUCGCUACCAAGAAGUCCCGGCUCUCCAGUUCGACCAAGACCAGGGCCACCCGUCCCCGCUCCCAGAGAGUCCCUAAUUACACGUUUUCUGACCAAAUGAGCUUGACGUCAGAUGAGGAUUUUGACGUGUUGUCAGAUGAUCAAAUGAAUUAUCCCCACUUCAUCCCAGCAGAGGAAAACUCUGAUUCAACAGACAGUGAGACACCCUGCACGCCCUCUACCCCGUCCCCAAAGUCUAAACCCGGCCCUGUCAAACAGAAGAAAAGCAUGUCUACAUUAACAAUCAAAACCUGCAGUAAGACCAAGGAUGGGAAAAGGCUCUAUGACAAAAAGCAUUUCUGUAUAUACUGCAUGAAACCCAACUCUAAAAUAUCCCGGCACUUAGAAAGAAAGCAUGGAGAUGAGGAGGACGUAGCCCGGGCUUGUAGCUUCCCAAAAGGCUCUAAGAAAAGGUCAGCCUUGCUUGAAGAGCUGAGAAACAAAGGUGACUAUCAACACAACAUCUUAGUACUUGAAGAGGGGAAGGGAGAGAUCGUUAUAUCACGGAAAUCCCCAGGAAGUGCUUCCAUUGAGGACUACCUGCCCUGUUCUCACUGUCUGGGUUUUUUUGUAAAGAGCGAGUUAAGAAGACACGAGUCAUUAUGUCAGCCAAAAAAUGAAGAAAAAAGGUCUCGUAACAACGAAGAAACAGAGCCUAGGAAGAGAGUUCAGUCACUAGUCUCCCAUCUGAUUUCAGUUUCUAAAAGUGUUUCAGAAGGAUCCCAGAAGAUUGUAAAGAAACCACAACAAGAAUCCGCUGCAUGUCUUCAUUCAGACUUCACUUUUGAUGCCACAGUUGCUACCAAGAAGUCCCGGCUCUCCAGUUCGACCAAGACCAGGGCCACCCGUCCCCGCUCCCAGAGAGUCCCUAAUUACACGUUUUCUGACCAAAUGAGCUUGACGUCAGAUGAGGAUUUUGACGUGUUGUCAGAUGAUCAAAUGAAUUAUCCCCACUUCAUCCCAGCAGAGGAAAAUUCUGAUUCAACAGACAGUGAGACACCCUGCACGCCCUCUACCCUGUCCCCAAAGUCUAAAAUUGACCCUAUUGAACAGGAAAAAAGCAUGUCUACAUUAACAAUCAAAACCUGCAGUAAGACCAAGGAUGGGAAAAGGCUCUAUGACAAAAAGCAUUUCUGUAUAUACUGCAUGAAACCCAAUUCUAAAAUAUCCAGGCACUUAGAAAGAAAGCAUGGAGAUGAGGAGGACGUAGCCCGGGCUUGUAGCUUCCCGAAAGGCUCUAAGAAAAGGUCAGCCUUGCUUGAAGAGCUGAGAAAAAAAGGUGACUAUCAACACAACAUCUUAGUGCUUGAAGAGGGUAAGGGAGAGAUCGUUACAUGGAGACAACCCCCAGGAAGUGCUUCCAUUGAGGACUACCUGCCCUGUUCUCACUGUCUUGGUUUUUUUGUAAAAAGCAAGUUAUGGAGACACGAGUCAUCAUGUAGGCCAAAAAAGGAAGGAGAAAAGGGGUCAAGGAAGAGGGUCCAAUCUAUAGCAUCCCAUCUGAUCCCAAUCUCUAAAAGUGCUUCGGAAGGCUGCCAAAAGAUCAUCCACAAAAUGCAACAAGAUUCAGUGGCUUUUCACAUACGAAACGACCUGUUAAUUUGUCAGUUAGGGGACUGUUUGUAUGCAGAGCGCGGUCAUGAGUUGUCCCAGCAUGGCUACAUCUGCAAAAGACUGCGGGAAGUGGGUAGACUCAUGCUGGUGCUCAAAGAGCUUGAUAACAGUGUAAAGCACCUACAGGACGUCUGUAAACCGAGCCGGUUCGAACUGGUUCUUGAAGCAGCAAAGAAGGUCAGCAGGUUCAAUCCGGAUGUAAUUGACUACACAAAAACAAGUUUGGUUAUUAGGAUAGGACACUCACUUACCAAAGCAGCAGAGUGUUUAGCUAGCAGAAGUGUAAUAAAUGGGGACGUAGAGACUCAUGCAGAGGCAAACAAAUUUGUGAAACUAAUGACCUCUUCGUGGAGAGGGUACGUAACUUCUAAUGCACACAGGUCAAUCAAACAGAAAAAUUGUAACAAAGAAGAUGCCGUUCCAUUGACGGAAGUCGUGAAGGUCCUCCAAUCAUGCUAACAUUAGAAGAUGAAGCCAAAGAAGAGUGUUGUCAGCCAGUGCUUUCCCUUGCAUCUUGAGGAUGCUGAAUGAGAGUCUUCUUGCUCAGAUAAUCUUAGGUAGGAGCCGUAAAGGGGAGGCAUCACACUUCUUAGAAACUUAUCAAAACAAGAAGUGCUCCUUGGAACAAAGAUGUCCAUGACAGCUUCAUGGAACUGGAGCAGGAGUUCUGUAAGAAACACAAAUUGCAGUAAAGGCAGGAGAGUGCCCUUCCAUCUUACUUAAAUAAUUGGGUCCCCUUGACAGAGGGGUUGGAGUAUGUAGGGCCACGUCUACAGACAAAGAUUAUGCCAGUUAAUUUUCUUCAUAGCUAAUACUGGACAUUGAAAUAAACCACACCUGAUUCCCUGGCGAUCUCUGACCUGACGAAGAAAUCCCCUCAAAGAUGGACCCCUGGUGAAGCAGAUAUCCCCCACUAACCCCGAACCUGGCUAACAAUCUAAACCUGACCCUGGCUAACAUUUUAAACCUGACCCUGGCUAAAAAUUUAAACCUGACCCUGGCUAACAAUUUAAACCUGACCCUGGCUAACAUUUUAAACCUGACCCUGGCUAACAAUUUAAACCUGACCCUGGCUAACAUUUUAAACCUGACCCUGGCUAACUAUCUAGGAUCCACCCAUGACGUUCAGUGGAAUCACCUCGGUCCUCACUUAAGCAUCAGUGCGGUCUACACAGUGCAGUCCGUAAGUAUUUGGACAGUGACACAGGUUUUGGUUCUGUACUUCAGCACUGUGUAUUUCAAAUUGUGACUAAGAGGUUGAAGUGCAGAAUGUUGGCUUUAAUUUGCAAGCCGCAAGUUAAGGAAUCGCAGCCCUUUUUUUACAUACUUUUUAUACUUUCAUUUUAGGGGUAUUGUGACCCGGUAGAAGCUCUUAUUGUUGAAGCUAUCGUCUCUUUGCACGAAUACACAUGAAUCGAGUGUGUUACACGACCCAGCAGAGAACCAUAACACUACAAUAGAAAAGAUUACUGGAUCCACCAUAUAAAAACACAGACUGAACUAACAUGUCCUUUGUAUAGAUUGUUUGAUCGUGAAUUCUGCCUGGAACGACAAAGGACAUGCAACAAAUACAAAAUGGAAGCAUUAGAAUAAGUAUAUAAUUAAAUAAAUACGAUACAAAUUGUGCAUGUAAUAUGUGGCAAGGGUAUUAGUAAUAGCAAUAUAUUCAACAUACUUCACAUAUGAAACUUUUAUAAACUGUUCUAAGCUUUCUAGCGUUAACACUUCUCUCACUGUGAAAAACAUACAGCUGAAUUGUUUGUUUUACCAAAUAAAUCUGUUUACAAAAUAAAUCCCUUGGAGAGUGUG